AUGAACGCGUCAUCUGCCAAUGUGACCGUGGUUUUACAGUAUCGAGACUCCUUCACUAAAGCUGUGACCAAGAAUGUUAUUGUUGUGGUUCUCAGCAUCUCCAUCAACUGCAUCAAUGCAGGCCUCAUUUACACCUUCUGCAAACACCAGAUCUUCUACACGAAUUCUCGGUAUAUCCUUUUCAUCCACCUGGUAGUCAACGACAUGACGCAAGUGACGCUGACCAUCAUCCUGUUUGUCAUCAGCUACACCAUCUACAAACUCAAUGUCUCCAUCUGUUGCAUCUUCAUCCUUCUUGCUCUGUUCACCACUGAAAACACCCCCCUGAACCUGGCCUGCAUGGCGGUGGAGUGCUACAUCGCCAUCUGCGUCCCCCUUCGCCACAUGCAGAUCUGCACCGUCAAGAGGACUUUGAUGCUGAUUGGUUUAAUCUGGACGACCAGCAUGUUGUCUGUUCUCCCUGAUCUCUUCAUCACCUUGGCAACAGAACCACUGGACUUCUUCCAUUCCAGGGUCUUCUGUCUCAGGCAAACAGUCUUCUCAAAUCCCCUCAUUAUCAAGAAGAGGGACCUCACUUAUACAGUGUUUCUUGUUAUAGUUUGGCUCGUUAUCUUUUACACUUACUUCAGAAUUCUGUUCACUGCAAAGACAGCUAGCAAAGAUGCUAAGAAAGCCAGAAACACAAUCCUCCUCCAUGGGUUUCAGCUGCUGCUUUGUAUGGCAACAUAUACAACCCCCCAGUUGAAAGAUGCUCUGAAGCAAUGGUUCCCUAAGAAUUACACUGACUCCCUCUUUGCUACUUAUAUUAUAGUACAGAUUCUGCCACGAUCCAUUAGUCCAAUCAUAUAUGGCUUACGAGACAAAACUUUCAGGAGGUAUCUGAAAAGGUCUCUGUUGUGUAAAGUCAGUUGGCACAGCCAUAACUGA